AUGUCUUUUAGCCAGAUGUCAGAUUGUGAAGUACUUGAUAUGGUUGCUCAAAAUAUGAUCAUUUUAAAAAAAGAAUUCUUGCAAUUACAAGGCGCAUACAAAGCACAACAUGAUCAAAUAGCAUUGUUAAGGGCAGAACUUGAAGAACAUCGCAAUCAAUCGCGUAAUCAACAUAUAUUCUAUUCCACCCAAAUCCAAGGAGCGGCUGCUUCCAUUCAAGCUGUGCAGGACCAACUACUCCACAAUUCCACUACUCGUCCCACGGCCCCACCUCCACCUUCUGGCACGGCCACCUCCACCAAUCCCCCACCCGCUCCUGCGUCUUCCAAUUCGGAUUUGAAAUUUGCUAAACCCAAUAAGUUCAGUGGCAAGAAAGAAGACGCCCUCAAUUUCAUUAUUGCCUGCCAGGCCUAUAUAAGGGCAAAAGGAGCAAGUAGAUCCCACAAGGAGAAAAUAUUAAAGGAAGGUUUUCAGGGGAGAAGCGGUCCAUUAUUGGAAGAUAUUGACGUAUUCUGGGCAGAGUUCACUAAACAUUAUGUGGACACAAAUCGUGAUGAAAAAUACCGCCAAAAUGGAACAACUUGCGGCAGAAGGCUUCGCGACGAAACCCUGCGCAAUAAGUACUAUGAUGGCCUCCAAAACAAUAUUAAGGACAUCAUGCUGUCAACUAUGUUCCAAUGGCGCCGCGCUACUGCCCAACAAGUCUAUGAUAAGGCAGAAGAGAUCGCAAACCAUAUCGAAUCUACACGCUAUCUCAUCCUUCUGUCUCUACAGUCCGCGCCCCUGCCAAUGCCGCCCCACUACCACUUCCAUUCCCCCUUCCACCCGCACUCGUCUCAAUGCGCUAUUACUUCAAUUGUUCGCAACUACCUCUGGCAAUAUGCCAAAUGUUGUUGGAAUGGAGAAUCCAAGGACACCAUGAUCCCAUUCCCCUCCCUAAAAAGGAUGAGCGUCCUGCAGCAGCCGCCCCAGUUAAACCAAUUGUUGCCCCUGUCCAGUGUUAGCCACAAGCAAGGGUCCAGGCCCCAGGAUCUUGAUGGAAGGGGUUUUGCAAAUCUAACCUGCCAUGUGUGCGGCGGAAAGGGCCAUUUUGCACGCAACUGUCCCUCUAAGCCCAUGUCUGGACAUGUGGCUAAUGUCAAAUGGUCUUGGGAAAGGCCUAAAGAAGAAAAUAGGAUUGAAGUUGUCUCUGAUGAGGAAGAGUCGGGAAAAGGAAAAGCCAAGGCCAACUAA